AUGGAAACUGUUAUUUGUAGCAGCGAGCGAGUCUAUACCGUUCUGGGACCAUCAAGUGAGAUGAAAGUCAACACCAAUACACAGCACCAACUCGAAAUGUUCCAUCAAGAGGCACGAUUAAUGCGAAUGUACGAUCAUAGGAAUGUGGUUAAGCUCCAUGGUAUGGUUUACAGUGAAGACGAUGUAAUGGUGGUUAUGGAACUGGUCAGCGGUGGAGGUUUGAACACAGAUGUAGCAGCUCGUAAUUGCCUUGUUACAACUGAUGGACGGAUGAUCAAACUUUCCGAUUUUGGAUUGGCAGCUCAUGGAAGCCGAAUUAAACUGCCAUCAACUGAACGAGUCCCAAUCCGAUGGUUUGUGGUCUAG